AUGGCGACACCUGAGGAGCUCGCUGAGCUCUCUGAAGCCCGUAGAGAGUUGGCCGCUACGCGCCGUUCCCUCCGGGAUACUCGCGAGGCUCUCAACAACAUCAUCUCCGACGAGAAGGAUGAUACUCAGCAGCUUAUGAGCGACCUCGCGUCCAAGGAGGCCAGUAAUCUUUCUAAGAUAGGUAGCCUCGAGGCCCGUAUUGCUGAACUUGAGCCCUGGCUGACCGAUCCGUCAGCGAGAUAUCACGGAAGGAAGGUUUCAGUNNNNAUGGCUCAGUGGUGCCUCCGAGACUUAGUUUUGAUCAAGUACAUCCGCAUAUUAUCAUGA